ACGUGUUAUAAACACCAAAGAAACUGAUGAAUAACAUUGUGAUUAGAUAUUUAUUUCGAAUUUAAACAGUCAAUUAAUUUAACUGUAUUUAAUUUAAGCUUAGUACCAAGGGCAAAGCAUAAUAAAAACUUAACGGUAGUGAAUUGGGUUUCUUUUGCUGGCAGAUUAUUUUUUAAACUGGAAUUCAUACCUUGGAAACGAAGGUAGUACAAACGGCGAAAUAUAGUGAUACAGUGGUAAUCAGUACCACUCGAAGAAUAAUGGACGAAACAGCAGAUACAACGAAGAUCACAGAAAAUACUUUUGCUAAAAUUUGUGGACUAUGUGAAGAACAGAAAAGCAAGUAUUGUUGCCCAAAAUGUGGUGUAUUAUAUUGUUCGCUCGGUUGUUAUAAAUCAGACAAACAUUUAGAGUGUUCAGAAAAUUUCUAUCGUGACUGGGUUAAUGAAGAACUCUCCUCGCAAAAUGUGGAUGAGGAAUCUAAACGUAAAAUGAUUGAAAUACUAAAAAAAAUGCAAAAUGAAUCUAAUGAUAAUGUUGAUGACUUAGAAAAUGAUGAUCAUAUAGACUCUGAUGAUUACGAUGAAGAAGAUUUACAUGACAGGAUAAAGAAUUUAGACAUCAAUGAUGCAGAUGCCAUUUGGAGUGCCCUAACUGAAGAUGAAAAGAAUGAAUUUGAAGCUUUGAUUAGUCAAGGAGAUGUUGGUUCUAUAUUACCUCAAUGGGAACCCUGGUGGACAAAAAGAACAAAAAGCAAGUUAGUAACAGAAGUAUGUGAUGAUGAACUUGAUAAGAACGUCGACACUUGUCCACAACUGAAAAAUGUUCAAAAACUCACCUCUUUAACGAAAAUUGCACCAUCGACUACCGUGAAAUUCAACAUAAUCAACAUUCUAAGUUCAUAUGCUUUUAUAAUGAGAUAUUUCAAUGGAGAGAUUGAUCCAGUGGAAGCUAUUGUCCAUUUACUAAGUAUAUGUGGGAAUUUAGAAUCAAAUGCUAAUUAUGAUGAUCCUGCCAUAGCUUUGGAAGCUGUCGCACAGAAAUGUUUACAGAAUGAACUUGUACAAACAGACAAACUUAGUACUGAAGUAAUGAAACACGACACAUAUCUCAUACUUCAGGGGCCAAAUGAUGACAAAAAGUCAUUUUACUGUAAAGCUGCACUGUCCCAUCUGUUCGAAAUAUUUACUGAAGCAAAGUCUGCAUUGAAGCACACAAAAAUUGCUGAAACAAAGAAAAAGACAGAAUUUUCUAAGAAAUUUCCAGAACAAAAAAUUGACCAUUUACCAAAACUAGAUGUGGGGAAAGUGAAGAUGUCUAUGAAGAAGAUAGAAUAUUAUCUAUCUUUUUUGGAGAGUUAUAGCAUGGAACUUUAAUAAA